AGCAGAUCAGUCAGAAUGAAACAAGUCUGCCUCAUAGUUUCUUUGCUUUUCUAGAAAUUCUAACUUAGUUGAGCUAUAUACAUCUAAUGAAUAGAGUAUUUUGAUAUUUUUUAAAAUUAUUUAUUGAAUUGAAACCAAAUGCCACAAUUUUCUCAUCUAUUUAAAGAAAUUUUUAAAAUAGUUAUUUGGUCUUCUAUAGUCUUCAUUAGGAUCUUCAUAAUGUCUCCACUAAAAUUAUCUUGGGUGCGGCACAUCCUCAAAGGUCUUCUCUUGGUUUUGGCAGCUACAAUUUUCUACAAUGAAUGGCUGGCUUUAAAAUUUGAAAUGCAGUCAUGGGAGGCCAUGGCUGUUGGUCAACACUAUGGCAAAGGCGUUGCUGCUCGUGUGCUGCUUGUGGCUGAUCCUCAAAUGCUCAGUCCAUUGUCUGAGCCAUACUUCCCUCUCAGUUUAUUAGCCAUUUGGGAUGCUAAUCGUUUCAUGAGGAGAGGCUUUCAAGCUGCUCUGAGCACUGCCAAGCCUGAUGUUGUAGUAUUCCUGGGAGACUUACUCAAUGAUGGCAGUGUUGCAAGUGAUAGCGAGUUUAAUAACAUGAAAAAUAAUUUCCUCGCUGACUUUGCUGUACCUGAAACUGUCAAGCUUGUGAUCUACCUGCCUGGUGACAAUGAUGUUGGUGGAGAAGCUGGCGACUUGCUUACUGUGGCUAAAAUUGCGCGGUUCCAAAAAGCUUUCCCUAUGCCCAGCAGUCUGCACUACAUGUUCAUGGAGAUGGUACCAGUGAGUCCUGCUCUAGGAAGCUCCAGUCCCCCAAUAUUGGAGACCCCGCCUGGAGUACUGCGGCUGUUGCUUUCGCACUCCCCUCUCCUGCCCAGCACUCUCAACAGGAAGAGGCUACAAGCUGAGAAACCAACAUUAAUUUUCUCGGGCCAUUUCCACGAGUCAUUCCAUUUCUCUGGCGACAAAAGCAAGUUCCAUGCGUCGAAGUUCUGGCCGUUCAACGAGCGCGGUACUGUGCUCAACUUCACGUUAUUCUCCGACGAGGUCCACGAGAUUAUCGUACCUACAUGCAACUACAGGAUGGGGAAAAAGUCUUAUGGCUUUGGCCUCGCAGUCCUAGACAGCACAGGUUGGCUGGAAUACGGUGUGUUGUGGCUGCCUUCGCGAUUCUGGCAGCUGCAGUUGUACUGUUGCAUCAUGAGCCUAAUGUUCCUCUUGCUGCUACUUCCGAACAUCUUACGGCUGUGCUACGCAGUGUACUGCUACAGCAAGCUGCUCUGCCGCAGUACUGCUCAUCAAAACCCGGCUACAAAAUUAACUCAAACGCGGAAAGGCUACGUUCAGCUUGUCCCAUUGCCCUGAUUAUCUCCCUCUGCAUUCACUCCAGCUUGAUAUAAUUGAUACUCGUCAAGUCCUUUUAAUUCACGAGUCUCUACCUUAGUGCCUACUAUUGUUGCGUCACAGUGACGUAAUGUCCCGUUGAAGUCAACCCUGCCGUUCUUAUAAUGAGGCACACGUUCAACUAUUACUGACGUUGCCUUAUCAUUCUCCGUCUUGUUCAAUGCUGGUCUGUUCUUAAUUCCCGUGCUUUAGACAAGGAAUGAAGAACAAAUAUCCUGAGAACUAUGUAAUCUCAAAUGAAUAUACAUUUUGUAAUCUUUUUUCCUUCUACAUCUACUUAGAAUCUCAAACCUGAACUCAAAUAAUCUCACACUUGAACUAGUCCGUCAUCAUUCCAUUCAAUUAAGUGAAUCUAACGUUUUUUAUCGAUUUAUAUCAAUGUUUAUUAAGCUAAAUCGUAACUUAUCAUGUCUCGUAAUAAGUAUAGCAUUUGUGGCCUU